UCUAAGCCAUUUUGCGCAACAAAACCGUUUUCUUUUACGAUUUUAGUCUGUACUUAUUGUGUUGCUUUUCGAGGGCCAAUAGUUAGAUUAAUCUUUGUUUAAAAUGCUACCGUUAAUAUAUUGAUAUUACACGUCGCAGUUACUGAUGAGUCCUAUAUUGAUGUCACUAUCGUUCCUUAGGUUAUUGUUGCUGACAUAAUUACAGAUUCCUUUUAUUCUUCGAACCUUUUUAUCAUCAUUGUAGGAGAGGGAGAGAGAGAGAAAGAGAGAGAGAGUGUGAGAGAGAGAACUAUAUUUGUAUCUAUAUAGUCUUAAGGCUGCAGGAAACACUUCCACUCUGGCAUAGGGUCGGUAUUGAUAAUAAUAUGUUAUGUGUUUGCUGACAUUGUUAUUAUAAAUUGACAGCUUUUCAAUGUGUGAGGGGCGCUCAUCAAUAUGUGGACCUAUACCUCCGGACCCAUCGCUGUUUCCCCAGUACUACAACAGACCUGCUUCAGCUCAAGAUCUCCGAGAGGGAAUCAGAGGCGGCACGUUAGCCCUACUCUCAGGACCCCUGGCUCCGGAUCCUGUUCUGCACCCUGAUUGCUACAACGCUCGUACCUCAGCACGUCACCCACGUAUCAGCCCCAAUGCCUCCCACAUCCAGGAACGAGGUCAGAGAGGUGUCGUGAGGGAGCUACUUAAACUAGACAUAUUUCCCACAACAGAGAUUUCUAAACCAAAAGAACGCAAGAGUGACUUUCGCAAAGAGAAUGUCCGUCGUCUUCGGGAUAUCCAGAGACGUUGUAAAGAACUGGAAGCUGAGAGAGCCCGUUCCACUCCAGUCAAAGCUCUCUGGACUUCACCCAAAUACCAGAAUGUUCCAUCCAAGUUCAUGACAAACCUACAGGUUUCCAGUCCGACUGUCAAACCGCAGUGUCAGGACUUCCUAAGGAGUCAUUCUAACAAUAAAUGCCAGCCCCUGCCCAGACCACGCUCAGCGUCCUCUGUCAACUUGCACCGCUCCAAGUCUUGCUCACCUAUAGGAGAGGACAAUUUGCAAUUACAGGUUAGAGGUCAGAGCAUAGACUUCAUCAAGUACAAUGCCAAAGCUGCGGGAAAGACGAUGCAAAGAUCUCAAUCGAUGAUAAACCUUCGAGACAAACCAGUGGCCAGCGCUGUCAUAGGCCAGGUGCCUCACUACUUAGAGGAGAGGAAGAAGCAGUGGCGUGAAGAGGAGGAGCGGAGGAGGAAGAACGCAGUAAAUCCUUCCAUUCCACCUGGUCACACCUUAAUGGCUGACAGCGAGAGGCAGGACGCUCUAAAGUCUCUCAAAGAGAGCCACCGCACUCUAGUGACAGAGCUGCUACUGCUGCCUCUCAAAGCUGACAAUCUGGGCGUCCGCACACGCCGGACUCAUCUUGAUAGGAAACUUUCUGAGAUCGAAGAGGCCAUUAAAAUAUUUUCCAGAGAUAAGGUUUAUGUCAAAAUAAAUUCCUAACACACAAAGAGGAAGAGGAGGAACAUCCCCAUCUGCUGGAUUAAAAUAGUUUAUUUGGACGUUGGUGUUACACAUGUGGCUGCAAGUGGUCAGUCCGGCAAGGCCUCCUCUGCUGGACUGACCACUAUCAGAAGCCCUGAUAUCCACUUACAAUUUAAAUUCUGGUAUUUUUCCAUGAAAUUUAACGUAUUCCCAACAGUCUAUUAAUUUCAUAUUGUAGUGUCAUUUUGUAGCAUGUCUCUUAACUGCACUGCUUCCAGUAUAGUUUGUAUGUAUGUAAGUGUGUGUGUGUGUGUAUGUAUAUAUAUAUAUAUAUAUAUAUAU